AGUGAUGUUAACGUGUGAGUGGAUUUAGAUCUAGAUCUACAUUAGUCAUUUCCUAAGGAUUCAGCCCAUUCUAAUUUGGAAGUAUUGUUGCUAUGAUAGAGCAUCAUGGCUUCUCCAAAUUUUAUUGAAAAUUUAGAACUUCAGAUAUCAGAAAUUGAACUCCUUGAUAGCAUGUUUCCUGGAGAUGGCGAGUUUUGCCUCGAUGACCCUAGCGUGCUGUCCGACGUACAGACUUUCGUAGAUAAAUCCGCCGAGUCUACAGGCGUAGCCGAUCAAGGAAUUUCUGGUAACUCAGCCUCGGGGAAAGGAGGCACGGGCGCAAUCAGGCAACUGUCGUUUUCUAUCAAGAUUUCUAUCAAUGAUCAGCAUAAUGGGAUUCCAAAUAUCGAUCUGGAUCUCCAGUGCUGCCUUCCUUUAGACUAUCCCAAUGUUCUACCAGAACUUAACGUCCAAUCCAAUGUACUGUCAAGACAGCAGUACAGAAUACUCAACGAUGAUCUGAUGGAGCACAUAGAGAGCCUAGACAGAGGAGAGCUGUGCAUUACAGAAGCUGUCCAAUGGCUCCAGGAAAAUGCCUCUUGUUACCUGAAAACUGCAGAAGUUCCUAGCCAAGGGAACGUGAAGGAGCAAAGCAAGAAAAAACAGCAGCCCUCAUCUUUCACUCGUCUCUGGAUACACAGCCAUCAUAUAUACAGCCGAUCAAAACGGGAGGACAUCUUUGCUUGGUCCAAGGAGAGAGGUCUCACAGGGUUUAGUCUUCCAGGAAAACCGGGCAUUAUUUGUGUCGAAGGAUCCCAAGGGGAUGUGGACGAAAUCUGGCAUAAACUCCGGAGAUUAAACUGGAAAAAGCUGACCAGCAAGCACAGAGAAGAUUUUGCCCUUGAUGCUGAUGACACAGAACUCUUCAGUACGAAUUUCAGUCGUCUCAGGCAUUUCUCAGAUUUUCAGGAGAUUAAUUUUGCUGUGAGGGGUUCUCGGGACUACCACAUGGACCUAGGACAGUUUUUCCAAUAUCUUGAAAAGCACGACUGUGCUGAUGCAUUCAAGAUUUUAUUGGGAGUAGAUGGAAGGGUAUCUCAAAAGGAUACAAGUUGAAACUACUUCUUCUCCAGCUGUAAUUUACUAAGUACAUGUAGUUUGAGAGAUGAGGAUGUUAAUUGAAUUUAAAUUCUUUAAAUAGUGCAAUUUGCACUUUGGCUCAAAGACAUGUUCAUUUGAUUCUUUAGCUCUUGCUGAAAGACAGAAGGCCUAAUAUCAUUAAAUAAAUGUUUUUAUUUUUAAAAUUCAUGAUAUUUUUCAACCAAUGAAUACCAUAUGUCUUGUUUAGAAACAGAAAGGCAUUAACUCCGUGUAAGAUGAUAUAAAUAAGUGCCUUUCUGGCUCCAAACAGACAUUAUGUCAUAUCUCUGUAUUGAGAUAUAUCGCAAUGAUUUAUUAUUUCAGAUUCAUAACAUGACAAACCUACCUCAAAUAAUGUAUUUUGUUGCUGGAAGAAAUUUCAAUAUACUCUUUUCCCCCUAAAACAGGCUCUUUUAUUUAUUUAGAACUCAAUUGUAAAUACAUUAUUCUAUGUCACAUCAUCUUAGUGGCAAAGCAUUAUGUUACCUGAACACUUUUCCAAUGGUUUCAAAUUUAGGUCAAUCUGGUUAAGAAGUAAAAACAUGAAUGCGACAAACAAUACUUGACAUUGAUGACCUACACUGUACAUUGCGCACUGGCAUACAUUUUGAAUCUCAAUUUGUUUUAAAUAUAUUUCAUGAUUACAAUUUUAACAAAUACUUUUUUAGUUCAAAACGGGUCUUCCAAUCCA